CGCUCAGUGUUGUGGCCAAACGCUACCAGCUGUGGCCAGACAGGUGGCUAGGGACUAGCAGCUGUGGCCAGACAGGUGGCUAGGGACUAGCAGCUGUGGCCAGACAGGUGGCUAGGGACUAGCAGCUGUGGCCAGACAGGUGGCUAGGGACUAGCAGCUGUGGCCAGACAGGUGGCUAGGGACUAGCAGCUGUGGCCAGACAGGUGGCUAGGGACUAGCAGCUGUGGCCAGACAGGUGGCUAGGGACUAGCAGCUGUGGCCAGACAGGUGGCUAAGGACUAGCAGCUGUGGCCAGGUACUAUUACCUGUUCCAGCUGGUCAGGUACCACGAGCUGUUGCGGCCAGACAGAGGCAAAGCAACACACAUUUUGUUGUGUUGUAUAUAAGGAUUCAUAACAAAAGAAAAGAGUGGCCACAGUGUGAUGGAAAUAGCACGUUCCCUUUUUGGGACCCGUGCCCCAGAUGGCUACACAGACGGCUCCACCCACGUCCACAUUGAGACAGCUGCAGAUGACGAUGAAAAUGAUGAUGUUUUCUUGCCCGACUCUCCUGAGGGGCUGAGCACGGGUAUCAGAAUUGGAAGCUGUGUGACAGAACCAUGUAGCGGAGGCCCCUUCUCGGCUAUUACUCCCUCCAUGUGGCCACAGGACAUCCUAGCGAAAUUGUUGCAGCAAGACCAUCAUCAUGACCCGAAUCAUCAGCCUGACUACCGGUUUGAUGAGUUUGGCUUUCGUGUGGAGGAGGAAGAUGGACCUGAGCAGAACAGUAAGAAACUCCUCAGUCAACCUUUUGUCGAGGAGCCUCAGCACAGAUUACAGUGGAUAGCUUACCUAGAGUUUAGUCAUAGUGAUGAAGUGGGAGAACUUACUUGGGAACAUGUGGAUGUGCGGUUACCUCGGACAGACAAACUGCGUGGUAUGGUCAAGGCAGGGGUCCCACAUUCCCUUCGCCCACAGCUAUGGAUGAGGCUUUCUGGAGCUCUUCAGAAACAGCGGCAGUCAGACAUCUCAUACAGGGAGGUGGUGAAGGCUUCCAGCAAUGAUGCACUUAUGACAAGCAAACAGAUAGAAAAAGACCUGUUGCGCACCAUGCCAACAAAUGCUUGCUUUUCCCAACUCACCUCCACCGGCAUCCCACGUCUCAGACGAGUGUUACGUGCACUUGCCUGGCUCUAUCCGGACAUUGGGUACUGCCAGGGAACAGGAAUGGUGGCUGCAUCCCUCCUGCUCUUCUUAGAGGAGGAGGAAGCAUUUUGGGUCAUGUGCACAAUAGUAGAAGAUCUCCUCCCUGCCUCUUACUACUCCUCUACACUGCUGGGUGUGCAGGCAGACCAGCGAGUGUUGGCUGCACUGGUAUCUACUUAUUUGCCCGGGGUAGAGUCGGUUGUGAGGGAACACGACAUAGAACUGUCGCUCAUUACAUUGCACUGGUUCGUUACGGUGUUUGCCUCGGUUCUACACAUGAAGAUUCUCCUGAGAGUGUGGGACCUUUUCUUUCUUGAUGGAUCAAUUGUCCUAUUCCAGGUCACUCUUGCCAUGCUCAAGAUUAAAGAAGCAGAACUACGUAGUUUGGAGAACUCGGCACAGAUAUUCAACGCACUCUCGGAUAUUCCUGGUGAUGUUGAUGAUGUGGAGUGUUUGUUCAAGGUAAUGGAGAGUGUGUGUGGGAGCUUAACAGACGUAAUGGUGGAAACCCAUCGCCGGCGACACCUGGCCUACCUCAUGGCGGACCAUGGCGCUCUUAUUAACCCAGACAACUCGACCAAUCUUCCCAAGCAACAUCUAAAUAGACGGCAAGUGAGCAAAAGUAAAUCUAUGCUGGAGAUAAUAUUGUUUGGAGAACAUAAAAAUGCAGAUGAUCUACGCAACAAGAACAUUCGGCAGACAGAGCUGUUGGUUGACUUGAGGGAAGCUAUACUUCAAGUGGGCAGACACUUCCAAGUACGCGCCACAGUUUUUGGGGGCAUCGAGCCAAACUUUACCUCUGCCACACUCACCCCGGACUAUUCCUUGGACUCUCAUGCGCAUGAUCUUCCCAAUUUUUUGGCCACGGCACGAUCAAGACACAGACGAGCAAAGGCACUGCUUGAUUUUGAACGGCACGAUGACGACGAGUUGGGUUUUCGUAAGAAUGACAUCAUUACCAUCGUGUCCCAGCGAGAUGAGCACUGUUGGAUUGGAGAGCUGAAUGGCUUGCGAGGUUGGUUCCCGGCUAAGUUUGUUGAGGUUCUGGAUGAGCGUAGUAAAGAGUAUAGCCGUGCCGGUGAUGAUGCUAUUAAUGCCUUGGUGACGGAUCUAGUGAGAGGAACUCUCUGUCCAGCGUUAAAAGCAAUUCUUCAGCAUGGAAUGCGCCAAACCUCACUCCUUGGGGGUCCAUGUCAUCCAUGGCUGUUUAUUGAGGAAUCAGCCGCAAGAGAAGUAGAGAGAGACUUUUCUUCCGUCUACUCCCGUUUGGUUCUUUGCCGCACGUUUCGACUAGAUGAAGAUGGCAAAGUGCUAACUCCAGAAGAGCUGCUCUAUAGAUGUGUACAAGCUAUCAACAUGAGUCAUGAUGCUGUACAUGCACAGAUGGAUGUUAAACUACGUUCCCUAAUAUGCCUGGGACUUAAUGAGCAGGUUCUGCACCUGUGGCUGGAGGUGCUGUGCUCAAGUGUGGAUGUGGUGGAGCGCUGGUACCAGCCAUGGUCCUUCCUCAGGUCUCCCGGCUGGGUACAGAUCAAGUGUGAGCUUCGUGUCUUGGCUCAGUUUCCCUUUACUUUAAACCCAGAUUGGGAACUACCACCACCACCAAACCAAGAUCAGCGACCACUACGUGAAGGGGUGCGUGACAUGCUGGUGAAACAUCAUCUUUUCUCGUGGGACUUGUAGUAGUUUUAAAAACUAAUACAGUACUUUAAGUUAAAUAUCUAAAUUGAUAUUGGAAUCCAAACAUUACCUCUGUGUAAAGAUUUUAGCCUAACAAAAAUUGUAGUACACAUAUAUUUAGAAACUUUUGUAAUAGUAAAACAUUGGAAAACAGGAUUUGGGUAGAAAGCUAGACAUUGCAUUUAAUUUAAUCUUACUAAUUUAUAAUUACCAUUGCACAUGUACUCACCGGCUGUGCACAAAAAUAAGAUAAAAAAUCUUGCCAUAUACUGUAUGUCGAUAUUACUGUACCUAUCAUGUAAAAUUUUGGCACUUUCCAUUAAGAGCUGCUAAAAUGGUAGACUUUCUUUGGUGAUAAUCUUUAAAAUGUCAUGAGAAGAUUAGGUACUAGUAAUUAACAUACUUUUUCUUUGAGUUUUUAUGUUUCAACAGUAUUACAGUAUUUGACUUUUCCUGUUUUUCACAAUGUCUAUUUUUCUAAUCCUGUAACAGUAUUUUUAUAGAAUCAGAUGUAAAAAGCUAUGAUCUGGAUUACUGAAUCAGGGUCUUGUCAAAAUCUCCGUAUGUUGAGAAACAUGUGGGAUAUGUUUUUCUCCAGAUGUCCACCUGCUUUGGAAGAGCUGCAUGUGUGAUAGACUUUUUAUAAUCUAGAAAUUGAUAAGCUUUAGUGGGUUUUUUGUAAUACAAACCCAGUACCCAAGCAACUAUAUGCUGUGAAAUGAUUGUAAGCAAUAGAAUUUGCCCACGAAUGUUGCAUUUUAAUUAAUGAAUAGAGAUUUGCUGGUUAAGUAAAGUUGCAUUCUAUAAAUAGAUGUAAAUGUUACUGUAGAUGCUACUGAUCAGGAUAACCUAUUGGAAACUAAAGUGUUGUGUAUUGGAUAUAAACUUUGUGAUUCCCUCCAUGACCUAUACCUACUUCGGUACGUAGCUUCCCACAUAUGGUCUGCAGUAAUCCUUCCAUAGCAUUUCAUACUGGCAUUACUAACAAGGAAAAUAGAGUGGUACUUUUUUUUGUUUAAUGGACAGAGCAGUUACAUUAAUGGUAUCAAUAGCAUUUACAUGCAGAUGCUUUGCUCUGUUAGCAAAAAGGAUUUAAAGUGAUUGGUAAUUUGUAUGUUUAUUUACAAGCUCUGUACACAGUAACCUAAAAUGCAAUACCACAAUGUUUGGUUUGCUCUGAAAACCUGAAAUAGGGCAUGUGAAUUACUAAGAAAGCAUUCCUUGAUUUGUUGUGCAUUCUCAGUGGUGAUCUCAUUUUGAUUAUUGUUGAUUAGCUUUAAAUAAUUUGAAUAUAUAUAACCCAUGAAGUGUGACUUCAUCCCAUAUCUAGACAGGGCUGUUGGGUAAUCAAACUUUGUGAAGUAUGGGUUUGGUUAGCUGUAUCAAGAUAACCUAGACUGUGGGAACUGAUCUUACUUGCGAGUUGCCAAGUUUUUUCAACCGAGAGAUAAGUGUCUAAAAACUUUUAUAUUUAGUGCUAAUCCUUGGGCCGAGAUUCUACCACAAUAAUACUGUAAAAAAAGUAAAAAAAUUUAAAAUCUAGGUAAAGCAUGACUGCAAGAUAUCCAGAGGAUAGUUUAGCCAUCUGGAGAGGAUAACAGUAAGCUUGUGAGGUAGGAAUAUAUAUAGCAGUGAAGUCCAGGCAACUGUUGAGGAGUUGACUGCCUGUAUUUGUGCAAGUGGGAAGUGUGGUGUACUUAAGAGAGAUGUCAUAUGAUUGCAUAAGGGUUGUAGAAGAGGCGAGUCAAUUUAAUUAAAGGAAUGUAAGGUUUUAAGAUGUCCAUUCUUGUGUUAGCGGUGAAAGCCGUUUUUGUUCUGUAUUGCAAUAAUUGUCUUAAAGGUGCUGCCAGUCACUACUAUAGUACAGUAUUUGGAUAUAUAAAUCAUAAACAUCAUAUCAUUAGUACAGUACCUCUUUUCCCACUUUCUUGGGGAAAAGGUUACUUGUCAGGAAAGAUACCUUUAGCACUACAGUAUUUAUAUUUUGUUUUGAAUGAUGUUUUGGAUUCCGAGUUACCCUUGACCACCAUUACCACCAUCCAUACUCGGUAUUGCCAUAAGACGCCAGUACAGUAGCACCAAAAAUCCUAUGUGAAUUGCUUCUAGACCAAAAUGCAAUUAAUUCACUCUUAACAGGAAUGAAUGGAAGCUGUCUUUUUAAGUGCAACAAUGUGCAGUGCUCAUGUGCAUUUACAUUUUCUAAUAUAUUUCCUUAUGCCUUUUUGUCCUCUUCUCCUCAAACAUUCUUUACCACUUUCUCUUUAAUUGUAGACCAAUGACCUCGUGAAUAUCAUUCUUCACAAGAUCUCUGCACUCUACAUGCUUCAGUAUCCGACAUACCUUCCCCUCGGUUCACUUUAUGCAUAUCCAUUAAGGCCUUAUGACCAUCAAUGCCUUUUUCACAUGCCUUCUUUACUAGCUCUCUCAUUUCAAGUAUCCAAACCACUUUAAAGUGUCAUGGCAGAAAGACCAGUAAAAACUGCAGUUUACACACCUUAGCACAUUGCAUGAACCUUCACAACUCGAUGCAAUAGGUGUGGGGUAGCCUGAUACCCUGGCUGUCUCAAAGUCUCAUAAUGCAUCCACAAUAAUUGAAUGCAUUUUAACCAAAUAUUUUCUUAUGAUUUCAAAAAUAGUUUUCUUGACAGAACAAAUGUGAUCUGGUGUGUAAUGAACACAGUAUUUUAAAAAUACAGCUAGAUUUUUAAGAUGAGGUAAAACUAGGUUUUAAGGCAAAGUAAAGAUAGGUUUUAAAUUAAGGCAAGGUAAAGCUAGGUUUCAAGGUGAGAUAAAGCUAGGUUUUAAAACAAAGUAUAUCUGAUAAUUAUUAUAUAGUGCAGUAGAUGAUUAUUAAGUUCAGGGGUCCAUUAGUUGCAAUUAGAAAAUCAUAAACUGGUUAUACACAAUGAACCAGUAUUAGGUCUGGUCUUGGUAAACUGGAAUUACUAGUUUGCUCCUAAGCCUAUAAUAGUGUUGGGGUUAAUGUAGUUAAAAAAUAAAUUUGAACAGUAAUUAGAAGGCGUGUAAAUUUAAGAUGAAGUGCAUGUGCCUAGCUUGGGAUGUAGUCCCAUCUAAAUAAAAAUCACGUUGGUAAAGUACCAUAAUAACAGUAAAACAAAAAAAAAGGUUAAUUUGCCAUUUUGUUUGACAUAUCAGACUAGAUUAGUUACAAGCCUUAACUAAAAAUAUCACUCCUGUUUUCUUCCAAGUUCUCAGUGGAACUUAUAAUGUUGAAUGAUUAUGUAUUUAUUUUUAUAAUGGGCAUAUGUAUAUGAAAAAUGAGUUUUCAUAUACAGUAUUUAUUAACAUAUAGAUUUGAGUAGUCUAUGGAUCUGAUUUCUUAUUAUGAAUGUUAAGAUUGUCUUAGAGGCACGCUUGUCCAAGUCCAUAAUCGUACACAACUGACAAUGAAGUUCUUGCAUUUAGAUUUUUCUUUUACAUGUUUGAGCAUUCUAUCUGCUUAGAGUACAAUUUUAUUUAUUGGACGAACAAACGGUAACGUGAAUGGGAUACAGGGAUCACUCGUGCUGUAUCCACUGUUAGGGAAAAGAAAGUGAGGGUGCCGAGAAGUUGCAAACUAUAUCGCAGUAUCAUUUUCCCAAUAUUUAUAAUGCCUUACAAACUCUCAAUGAAAUGGUAAAUAGACUUGGGCUAGUGUGUUUACAGCUAAGAACAUGUGGUUAUUAUAGUACAAUACAGCACAAGCCAGUCAGGUGUUGGAAAGAUGACUUGAAAUACCUGCCACAUAUUAGUACACUAUAUAAGUAUACUGAAGGGUAAUAGGCGGUUGAUUAUAGAAGCAUGCAUGUGUAAUGUAAUAUAUAUGUAUACAGUAUUUAGUUUUUUGUGUAUUUAUGUAUAUACAGUAAUUAUUUUGUUUACUUUGCAAUUGAGGUAAAAUGUUUGGUAUUUUUUUUUUGUAGGUUUAUUUAAAUGCGUUCUAGUAUUUCUGAAGUUAAAUGUAAGUACUGUUUUAAAUGCUGAGGUUUGAUUCAAUUCCCAAGUGUUACUUAAAGGUAGAGGGUGUUAACCCCAUACUGUCAGUAUGUAAAGAAAAGUGACCAACCAUACUCUUUUUUUUUUUUUUUUUUUUUUUUAUGUCAUGGUACAACAGCAUCUAUCUGAAGCUGUUCUGUCGUGUACAGUAACUACUUUUAAUACCUCUUGUAAUUUUCUUUUCUUGCACAUUUUGUCAGACUCUUUUGUAUAUUGGUACUAUCAUUUAUUUUAAAUUGAAAUAUUGCAUAUUUCUCACAAUUACUGGCCUUAAGUCAUUGCAGUCGUCUCCAAAAUGCCUCACGUACAUUGCCCUUAGUCUCGCAUCUACAGUAUGACACUAGUUGCUUGCAACCUUUGUGAAUGUUGCUAGUAACAUAUGGGUUAGUUGUCAGUAAAUCUGCAAAGUGCAUGCCUGUUUCAUUUAUAUAUCUCUUAACACUUCAUCACUCUGCUGCAUUUUGUGCAGUAGAGUACAACUAUAUUGAAUCACUUGCUAUCAUUAGGUUAAUGGUUGCAGAUUAGGUCUAUUCUUAACUUUAUUUUACUGAAUUGUACACCAUUUUUAAAACUAAGAUAGUAUAGUGUGUUACUGUAUCCUUCACCUGUAGAUGUGUUAUCCAAUGUUAUUUGGUGAAUAAUACAGGUAGAGUUUAAGUAAAACCAACACAUUGUAAAUUGAACUAUGUUAAGGCUCUUGUCCUUACCUUGAGGUUACCUUGAGAUGCUUCCGGGGCUUAGCGUCCCCGCGGCCCGGUCGUCAACUAGGCCUCCUGGUUGCUGGACUGAUCAACCAGGCUGUUGGACGUGGCUGCUUGCAGCCUGACGUAUGAGUCACAGCCUGGUUGAUCAGGUAUGGGUGAUUUUCCGUGGAUAUGUUUAAAGCGUCAAAUUAUAACCUUAGUUUAAAAAUUUGCAUUGUAAAAUAAUAAGUUGUCAUUACAGAUACAGUACAUAUUUAUCAACGGGAAAUAUCUCUUAAAAUUUAUUUUGAAUGUUUAUAGAUUUUCUGUUGCUUUGUUACUGAACAAUAUUUUGAUAAUGCUCUUCAGAUAGACAAAAUUUGCAACACUUUUUUAUAAUGCGGAAAUUUCAUGCAAUAUUUGGGCUGUAGUUUUUAGUGACUCAUUUUAAAAAUGAGCUUUUUCUUAUGUCUGAUUGCAUAGUGUCAAAACAUCAAAUUGUCAAAUAUUUACCAAAAUUACUAUUUACCAUAUGUUUCUUGGGAAUAAAUAAUAUUCUGGAUAGUCUCAAUUAAUUAAAAUCGUAGGCUGAGCAAGUUUUUUGAGAGCUUACUUUCUGCAAUUGCUGUAUAUACGUUUUUUAUACUUUUUUUUGGUAAUAUCCCCUGCAGAGUAAAGAAAAUUAUGCUGAAUAAAAUAUUUUAUAAAUGUUGAGCUUUCUACUGUGCUGCUGAUUGUCCGAGAUUAAUAUACUGUAUAUUUAAAGAAUUUUGGAGCAAUGUUUAGUUUUUGGACAGAAUCUCAACAUUAUUUAUAUUUACAAUUACAACAUUUACUUAUUUGUAACUCCUACAUUGUUAUUGGUUCUUACAAAUCUGCUUUCUUAAUUUCUGUUUUGACAAUCGUGUUAGUUUCUGUAAUAUUUGUACCAUUAUGAAGAUGUUUAGUGAACUGUUACCUCUGUGUGCUCUUUUGUUCUUUCAUAAAGAUCUUUCGACACUUUCAAUGUUCAAUCCUACAUGUUAAAUACUGACAGUAUUAUCAUUAUGCAUAGCUUGUCAAACCUGAAAUGAUUCUAGUCAAUUUGAAACAGUGGACAGUAGUGUAGCAUUAUGGUGAUAAACAUUCUGUUAGCUUGGAUAAUACUGUAAAUGUGAUCUGUUUAUGUAUAUUUGAAUUUUAACAAACUAUGACGAGUGGGUCAUAUUAAAGUUAGCAUUUCAGAGGAUUAGACGAGUCUGUAGAAAAGAAAAUUACAUGUAAAUUGUUUAAUGGUCUAUAACAGGUAUCGAUCAAUACACCAAGUUCACUCUGUAUGGUAUUUAUAGCUAUGAUUGAUGCAUAAAAUAUAUUUCGCAGUGAUGACAUGUU